AUGUUUUUAUAUCACAAAGACGAACCCGUUUUGCAUCUUUAUAAACGUUCCGGUAGUGGUGUUGUUGCUGGUGCUAUUAUAACUGUGGUUGUGGUUACUAUCAUAUGGGUUUUAUUAUUUGUUUCCGUUGUAAAAAGACAUAAACGACUUAGGGAAGAACAUAGACAGGCUCAAGGUCGACAAACUUAUGUAUUAAGACCUCGAAGAGCAGGUUUUGUACCGCGAGCAAAUAAUACCAGUUAUCCCACUACUGAGAGGCCAACAGGUGCGACCCGUUCAGAAAUUCCGGAAGAAACCGUUCCACCUUACAGUGAGACAGCACAAGAUUCAAAUGAUAUGGGGUAUUAUGAUCAAGAUGGAAGAUUUCACAAAAUACAUCAAAACGUACCAAUAUCACCUCCACCAGUUGCUCGUGUAUAG